GAAUCAAUGUUUUAUUCGACUUUUUAUUGUCUGUUUUUUUUUUUGGGAGGUUUUCUUAGAUGCCCAAUAAUUUAUGUUAUUUACACAAUUAUCCCAGUUCUCAUCUGGUGGUUGUGGCUUCUGUUCAUUUGAGAAAAUCCUGAGCCAAGAAUUAAUGAAUGGUUUAAUUUCGCAUAUGGGUUCAAAAAAGUUUCAAAAAUUUAAAAAAGGGAAACGAAUUAAAAAAAAAAGAGUGAAGCCAUGGCCUCUUUUCUCAGCCCAUCUGCAGCAAUUUCUCUGCAACACAAGUUAAAUCGUACAAGUUUCAGUGCUAUAUCUCCAAAUACGCCAUCCAAAAUUUCCCAUACUAUUUUGGGAAAUGGGAGAUGUCAGGGGUUAUAUUUCAAGACCAAAGCUAAGGGUUCUGUUGAAGGAAGUUUACUUGAGAAAGAAUCAGAUACUGCUAGUAUCGAUGAGAAGAUAGAUUAUGGAGUUAUUGGUGUUCACCAUGUUGGAAUUCUGUGUGAAAACCUUGAAAGAUCGCUUGAAUUUUAUCAGAAUAUUUUAGGUCUUGAAAUAAAUGAGGCAAGGCCACACGAUAAGCUUCCAUAUAGAGGUGCUUGGUUGUGGGUGGGUUCUGAGAUGAUUCAUUUGAUGGAACUUCCAAAUCCAGACCCCUUUACUGGAAGACCUGAACAUGGGGGCCGAGACCGUCAUGCUUGUAUUGCAAUUCGGGAUGUAUCUAAGCUGCAAGCAAUCCUCGACAAAGCUGGUAUUCCCUACACACUUAGCCGAUCUGGGAGGCCAGCAAUCUUUACACGAGAUCCAGAUGCAAAUGCACUAGAAUUCACGCAAGUUGAGGCCUGAGAUGUUUUAGCAUUCGAAGCCUGGAUUUCUAGAAAAUAUCCCUGUUCCUUUUUUCUCUCAGGACAAAAAACAUGUACAUAAUAAUUGAUAUUGCCAAGUUUUCCCGCUAUGCCAUUGGCAUGGCAACUUGCUAUAGAUGAACAAGGAUGUAAUACUUAAAUCCCAAAUCAGCUUGCUUGAAUUUCCCAGUGGAAUUUUGGGAUGAUGAUCAAAAUCUCUAGUCAGAAAGGCUCUUUCUUUCUGGCUUUUUGUAAACUGUCACCUAAUUAUCCCAUGCUAUUAACAAAGUUACGUUUGU